CUAGGGGUCCUUCGUAGGAGAGCAGAUUCAUUCGGGCAGUUGUUGGAAUGCUCGUAAGUGUCUGUCUGUCAGCGUUGUUGAUAAAAGACAUCUGUGAAGAACAUCUUACCCCUGACCAGCAGGAUUGGAACUCCAGGAUGGAACACGUUAAAGAGGAAGAGGAGGAUGGGGAUCCACAAUCCCCCAACAUUAAAGAGGAAGAGGAGGAGCCACAGCCACCCCACAUUAAAGAGGUAGCGAGUGAGCCCAAGCCUCCUUACAUUAAAGAGGAACAGGAGGAGCCACAGGCACCACACAUUAAAGAGGUAGAGAGUGAGCCCCAGCCUCCUUACAUUAAAGAGGAAGAGGAGGAGCCACAGGCACUCAAGCUUAAAGAGGAAGAUAAGGAGCAACAGCCGCCCCACAUUAAAGCGGAAGAGGAGGAUCACAGCAUCAGUCAGGAGGGAGAUCAUCUUGAAGGAUUGGAGGUGUUCCCAGUGAUUGGUGUCACUGUGAAGAGUGAAGAUGAUGAAGGUGAAAGUGAGGAGGAGAGAGAGGUGGAGCCUCCAAGCAGCAGCUCAACUCAACACAUGACAACAGAAGCUGAUGGAGACCACUGUGGAGGAUCACAAGCACACAACCUCUUAGCUCCACUAUCAGAUAGUGACGACACAACGUCACACUCUCCUGACACUGAUGAUGAAGACUCUGAAGCUGAUAUGACAUGUCACACUGACAACACACGCUGGAAAUGCUCUCAAUGUGACAAAACUUUUGUUAACAAGGGAAAUCUGAAAAGACACAGGAGACUUCACACAGGAGAGAAACCUUUCACCUGCUCAGUUUGUGGCGAAACAUUCUUUUUGCAGUCAAAUUUGAAAGAACACACAAGAAUACACACCGGAGAGAAACCUUUUCCUUGCACGGUUUGUGGGAAAAGAUUUUCUCGGCGGUCAAAUUUGAACGUACACACAAAAACACACACUGGAAAGAAAGCUUUUCCUUGCACAGUGUGUGGUAAAACAUUCUCUCGGCGGUCAAAUUUAAGCGUACACACAAAAACACACACUGGUGAGAAAGUUUUUCCUUGCACGGUGUGUGGUAGAAGAUUCUCUCGGCGGUCACAUGUGAAAGAACACACUAAAAUACACACCGGAGAGAAACCUUUUCCUUGUACGAUGUGUGGUAAAAGAUUCUCUCAAACAAGUGAUUUAAAAAUACACACAAGAAUACACACUGGAGAGAAACCUUUUCCAUGCAUGGUUUGUGGUAAAAAAUUCUCUCAGACAAGCGAGUUAAAAAGACACACAAGAAUACACACUGGAGAGAAACCAUUUCCUUGCACGGUGUGUGGUAAAAGAUUUUCUCGGCAGUCAAAACUGAACGUACACACAAGAAUACACACUGGAGAGAAACCAUUUCCUUGCUCGGUGUGUAGUAAGAGAUUCUCUCGGCAGUCACAUAUGAAAAGACACACAAAAAUACACACUGGAGAGAAACCUUUACCUUGCACGGUGUGUGGUAAAAGAUUCUCUCAAACAAGUGAGCUAAAAAGACACACAAGAAUACACACUGAAGAGAAACCUUUUCCUUGCGCAGAGAGUGGGGUAAAAAAUUCUGUCAGCGGUCAAAUUUGAAUGUACAUACAAAACACACUGGAGAGAAACAGUUUCCUUUCACGGUGUGUGGGAAAAGUGUCAAUCAAAAAAGUGAUUUAAAAAAACAAGACUGCACACUGAAGAGAAACCUUUUCUUUGUACAGUGUGUGGUAAA